ACAUGACUUUAGCCAUGCUUACGAACGUGAACGCGAUGUCGGGCGUCAAAUUUCGUUCCUCAGACGGGGAAGAUUUGUUGUCGAGAUGUUACCAGGACCACAGCGUUGUUUGAGGCGGGCUUGCCUUCUUGCUUUGCCACCUGCCACAGGCCAGCAUUUGAAAUUUGAUGCCGAUGACAGUUAAUGUUUACAGUGUGGCUUGAAAAUAUCAAUCGCAGCGUAAGCUUUGGUGUUUAGUGAGUGAGUUUCAACUAAGUACCGUAAGCAUAAUUCACAUAACUGAGUGCGUAACGUGAAAAAUUAUUGUAAUGGAAAAUUUACAAACUGACAACAAAACUUGGAAUUACCAGUUGUCCCCAUAAUUUUGUUUGUUGUGAUUGGAAUCAGUGACCUGUGCCCAAGUAUUUUAUUUCUCUUAAAAGGGUUCUUCGUUAAGUUAUUUCAUUGUCAAGCUUUCAAUGCACUGUACUGAAAAUUACUCAAGUUCUCUUAGUACUAAUCAGCUUUGAACCUAACAAUUUGAAGUGAGCAAACUGAAGGUUUACAUCACAUGCGGUGCAGUGAACAGGCAAGGCUCCUGUAGCAAAAGUAUCGAGGGUCGUCUUUGAAAAUAAUGUGAAAUUUCAAUGAACUUUCUGGAAAGUACGUGAUAAUAUCGAUUUGACUGGAAAUUUAUGAUAGAUUAUAUUUUGAGAGUGGCUGUAAAAUGAUAUUCGAAAGUCCAAUAGCCCCAAAAAGUGAACAAAAAACACAGUUGUUGAGUUAACUAGCAGGCGUUAGUGGAAAAGCAAACGAUAUCUAUUUUAAAAUUUCUUUCUAAUAGUAUCUGAAAAAAGAAUACAGUUUAAUAGAUUCCAUCCCAUCAGUGUAAUCACACACAAUAGCAGUGCCUCAAUAUUAAGACAACAAUCGUGGUGUUGGUAUCGAGUCGCAGAGUUCGAGCGAUCCCCUGCCGGGACGCGAUGGUGCGCGCGAGAGGCGGGGCGGCGGGCUGGUGUCUGCGGUUGUUCGCUAUCGUCUUCGCUGCGGGGGCGUGCCGGCCCAGCCUCGCUCAACAGGGAUGGUCGCGGUGGUCGGACUGGACGCCGUGCUCGAGGACGUGCGAUGGCGGCGUGGCCAUGCAGACUCGCCGCUGCCUCGACCUGUCCUGUCACGGCGACUCCGUCAGGUAUGAACUGUGCAAUCUGACUCCAUGUCCCGACGAUGAACCAGACUUCCGAGCCGUCCAGUGCGCCGAGUACAACAGCAUACCUGUAGACGGCCAUCUUCGUUCGUGGGUCCCGGUGGCCGUGACGCCAGACUUGGACGAACUCGACAACGCGGAUGAUCUUCCAGCGCAGCCAUCAGCCUCUAAGAGGCAUCGAUUACAGGACGGGGACAGCGAGGAGGCUGUCCUGGGCCUACAAAAGGCGAGCACUGAUGAUCCUUGCGCGUUGGUGUGCAAAGACCAAGAUGAUGUUGAUGUGCAAAGAGCGGUGGUUCUGAGCCCCAGGGUACACGACGGGACUCGCUGCUCCCACGGCAAAAGGGACAUGUGCAUCAAUGGCGUCUGUCAGCGGGUCGGCUGCGACCUUAAGCUUGGCUCCUCGCUUGAGUUGGACGAGUGUGGCGUUUGCGGAGGCAAUGGAUCCACUUGUGCCACACAAGCUCCAAGGAGCAACAAGCCCUGGGCAUCUCUCCUCGUCAUCCCCCCAUCUAGCCUCACGAACACGUCUCCUCUCUCCACGUCCCAAGACGCGACGUCAGAUGGCGACUACGACACAUCAGAAGAAGUACUAAAGACUGACGUGCUUGCUGCUCAUCGCCCGGCUCAGAACCAAAAUAGGCAAACUGGCGUUGAAAAUACUAAUUCCAAUGACAAGAAUGUCCAAACGAGUUACGUGGAAUUGGAGGAUGAAUUCCUCCGUCGAGAAGAGGAAGAGGCAGCCAAGCUCGUGCACUUCCACUGGGAGCUUCGGCCCACGGGCUCCUGUUCCACCUCCUGCGGUGGAGGCUACCAGAUGGUGACGGGCGUGUGCGUGUCGUCGACGGGCCGCCAUGUGCUGGACGAGCACUGCGACGUUGCCACGCGACCCGUGCCCAACAUCGAGACGUGCGCCGCCGUACGUUGUCCCACCAGGUGGCAGACGGGCGAGUGGGGCGCGUGCUCGUUGGACUGCGGUAAGGGUUACCAGCUACGGGAAGUCUUCUGCGUCGAGCCCGGCAUAUUCGACACCAAAGUCCCUGAUCAUUAUUGUGACGAUGCCAUCCGACCUGACCACAGACUUGCUUGUAACACGCACGACUGUCCUCGUUGGUAUGAGGGUCUCUGGUCACAGUGCUCGGUGAGCUGUGGCUCGGGGCUGCAGACGCGCGUGGUCCAUUGCCGCGACUGGCGCGGUCGCUCCUCCAGCCUCUGCCAGGACUCCAAGAAACCUGACGUGACGCGCCCCUGCCGUACGGGCGUCCCCUGCCAACAUGACCUCUUCACCACCACGACGCCCUCCGCCCUCCAGCUAGACUUCGGCCACCGACCUCAGCGCCGUGGGUCAUGGGCGAGCCAGGGGGCGGAUGCGACGCAGGGCGAGGACGACUCAAAGGGCGCCUCCCUCCUGCCGGUGCCUGCAGCGCUCACUCACGACCAGCCCGUGCCCGCUGAACCCACGUAUAUAUACGAGGCGUGGGGCCCCUGCAGCGUGACGUGCGGUAGCGGCGUGGCUGUGCGCUCUGUCGACUGCAAGAUCUUCCUGGAGAUCUCCCGUAUGGUUGCGGUGCUGCCUGACGACCAGUGCCCAGGGGCGCCGCCCAAGCGCUCUCAGCCGUGCCACAUGGCGCCCUGCGAGGUCACCCCCGCCAGAGUAACCACCGACGACACAAAGAAACCAUCCCCUCUCACCAAGAGCGGCGACAAGGAAGGCCGUCAUUUACCACCGGGGGAACUUCGGCAGCCUUUCUUCCCGAGCCAACACCUGGACCUGCAUGAGCAUCGAUACCGGGACGGCGAAGACGUUUACGAAGGGCAGCUUAGCGAGAACUCGCGCCGGAGGAAGCUGAAGCAAGAACUGCCGGGCUCGUUCGCUCCCUUCACGCAGUCCUAUAACAAGUCCUUCAUGAUGAAGGCCUCGCCGUGGCACCGCAACCUGGAUAUUUACGACGUGCCUCUCACUGAUGAGUCUGGGGGAGCUAAGGACGACCUGGACUCGUACGAGGUCGUGUUCGGUGGCCACGACGCCGGGUUUCGGGCGGAGAGCGCCUACAGCAUCGGCGGCUACCAGCCCACCACGCCGCGCUCCAGCGGCUACGAGUGGCGCUCUGCCGGCUUCAGCGUGUGCUCCGCCACAUGUCUGGGAGGCGUGCAGGAGCUGCUGGUGGAGUGCGUGAGUCGUGAGGACCACCGCGUGGUGUCGCCGGCGCUGUGCCCCCUGGCGUCGCGUCCUGAGGUCAUCACGCAGACCUGCAACGACCAGCCCUGCCCCCCUAGAUGGCGUCUGGCGCCCUACUCCAACUGCACCAAAGUCUGUGGGGGAGGAGUCAGGACCCGCAAGGUUGAGUGCAUCCACGAGAUGACGCGAGGAGGCGCCAACACGAUGGUGGUGUCUGCACACCUCUGCCCCCAGCCGCAGCCCUCCCAGCAGGAGGCCUGUGGGGGCGCCCCCUGUGACGCCGAGUGGAUCCCCCAGCCCUGGUCUAAGUGCUCGGCGUCAUGCGGCGGCGGCGUGAAGACGCGCACGCUGAUGUGCCGUCAAGUGGUCGCCGUGGGGCGGGUGCUGGACCAGCCGCCCUACGUGUGCCCUCGUCGCCGUCCUCCUACACGACGCCGCUGCAACAAGCGCAAGUGUCCACUGCAGGAGCUCAGCUUCUGGAGCAACAAUGACAUCAACAGACGCGUCGGCAUAAAGCGCAGGCGCCCUGCCAUACGCUCGCAGCCCAACCAGAAAUACCUGCAGAAGAAGUACAUGAAGAAGGUCAAGCUCAAGGUGGGCGGCGAGGCGACGGUGUUCAGAGGCGUCAUGGUGAAGGUGAAGUGCCCGGUGCGUCACUUCGACCGGUCGCGCAUCACCUGGUGGAAGGACGGACAUCGUCUCGGUCUGCGCCCGGAGACCCGCGACGAGGUCUCCAACGAGCAUCACGUCCUCGUCACCAAAAAAGGGGCCAUCAAGAUCAACAAGAUCAACUACACUGACAGUGGCGUCUAUAUCUGUCGGGCCGGCACUUCUGAAGCCAACUUGACGAUCCACGUGAAGCCUCUACCUGCCAGCUUUGCCACGCCCUCUGAACCUGCUCCCCGACCUGACGGCGCCACCCGCGUGUCGGAGAUGCAGCAGAACCUCCGCGGUUCAGGGGCCGAUGCCCACAACAACUUCCCCCUUGAGGAGGACGACGUGUACGGCUCCGACCCCAGGAGCUUCAAUGAAGUGGACGCGGGUCUCAGCUACCCACCGCACCAACCUCAGGAGUCGCCCAAGUAUCGAGUGUGGGGUCGAAAAGCUCCUUCAAACCCCACAACUCCUGCCUUCUCGAGCAUGGCCACGUCCCGCCGCUCCCGUAACAAGUUCUUGAGUCUUUUAGACCCCAUUCGUCCCAUAAGACCGUUCCCCACGAGUGCUCCUGAGGCCACGGCUACCAUCACGGACGCCACAUCCUCGUUUCCUGAGCCCUCGGCUUCAGCCACGCUAGACUUACACGCCGUCCAAGCCACUGCACCUGCGCCUUCUGCCGCACUCAUGGGCAAGACUUCUAGCAGGAACAUCCAUACGGUGGAGGAAACAAGCUCAGAAGUUUCGCCUGAGCACAGCAAACAAACUCUCCUCAGCCUGGAGCAUCUCACCAACACCAAGAACGAUCAGUUUGUAGGGCCACCGCGACAGCAAGUCUCGCACAAUCCGUUCCAACUGCUACGUAAUGAACGAGUUCGAGAAGAGCCGAAGCAUCGCGAACGAAACGGCUUUAGUGUCAAUCGGAAUUUCUCUCAUCGUGAAAAUAUUAUAUCUUCCUCGCUGAACAGUUCCUCCGAUGGCAAUUCCUCCGAGGCCAACAGUUCCUCAGUCCUUGCCAAUUCCGGCAGAAGCCGCCAGUACACGUACGCCACCAUGACGCGCACGCACGCCACGCCUGGCGGCCGGCGUGGCAAUAGUGGCAUGUCGCUGCUUACAGAAAAAAUUGUUCAAUCGCGUCUAAACUCAAAGAAGGCCGUGGAAGACACGCUGGCAGAAGGCAGCCUCCUGAUCACCCAGAAGCCCGCUGACGCCGACAGGCCAAGUAAUCGUGACGAGGACGACGCCAGUCAUCGUCCUGGCAACGUGACCAUGACACCUCUGGAGCACGUCUACGGCCGCGUCAACAACCGCAGCGAAUAUGGAAGAUCGGUCUCUACAAACGACGAUCACGUUUACGGGUCAUUCAGCCAUCACCCGAGCCUGCCAGUGUCGGGGGAAGAAAGCCAUCCUGAUAACGGCACGCGCGACGCUACUAGGCGAACUUCAACUCUCAAUAAUAUAGCAAAGCAAAUUGAUAGUCCCUGGGAUACUUUGAAUGGCGAGAAGGAACUUGUUUACGACAGUGUGGACGCUUUUGGAAAGCCAAGUGCCCCUCACAAGCAGCGUAAGAUUAGCUUUGCUGAGACUCUGAACAGCGCCAUAGACGCGAGCGAGUAUGAUGGGGACAGUACCGUGGAUGAGGUGGCACAGCCCUCAGAGGGCGUGGAUGUCUAUGACCAGGACAUAAUUACCGGUCAUAUUUCAGAACCUAACAUGAAAUAUGCAUCAAGCCACACCGCAGGAUCGCGCAGCGACGGGGAAUUUGCUGAAAAUUAUAAUGCUGGUCCGACAAGGAAUGAAGACUCUACUGAAGGUCACAACUCUGGCUUUGGAAGCAGUGAAGACUUUGUUCUUAGUCCUAACUUCGGUUCAACGAGCAGCGCGGGUUUCUCGGUCAGCCCCAACACUGAUUCCAAGAGCAAUACGAAAAUCAGUCAGGAAGUCGAGAACGUCCUAACAACCCCGGCAAUUCAGCCCUGGUUCGGUGCAGCCCCAUGGGGCUACUCAGAUUCCUGGGGAAGCUUCACCCCCUCUCUUCAGCACUCAUUCUCUUCCCCACACACUGUGCAUCCUCUCUCCCCCAACCUGGAGUUCUCUGAGCCCCACACCCUCCAUGCCCCUUGGCCUGCUGAGCCCCCCAACAGCAUCACGUCUGGAGGCAGCCGCUCCCUGCCUUACCUGCAGCGACUCUUGUCGCGCUCCAGGGAUGAAGGACCAUCUCGAGGCGGCCGCCAUGCCGAGCACAGCCCCGCGGCCCCCGUCUUUUCAUCACACCCUGAAGCUGAUGGCCUCUUCGGCAAGCCCGAGUUUCUCGGCAAAGCGACAUCGCGGGACAGUCUUGCGUUCGAGUGGCAGAUCACGAACUGGUCCGAGUGCUCCCAGACCUGCGGCUACUCCGGCUCCCCGGGGGGCUUCCAGGUGCGCUCGACGCAGUGCCUCGUGCGGGUUGGUAACGUCACGAAGCCUGCGGACGCUCAGCUCUGUGAGGACGCUGGGCUCACACCGCCCCCCACCAUCCAGGACUGCGGGCUGCAGGAGUGUCCCCAGUGGGCGGUAGGGCCUUGGAGCACCUGUAGGACCUCGCGGUGCUUCACGCUGCACUACGCUCACCAGCGCCGGAAGGUGACGUGCGAGACGCACUCCGGCACCGCUACGUCGCCCAGUCAGUGCGACAAGGUCACCAAGCCUCGUCACCGCCGCGAGUGCUACAACGUCGACUGUGUGGGCGUCUGGCGUACCGGCGACUGGUCUCAGUGCAUGGCGCCCUGCGGUGGCCAGGGUUACCGCACGCGUCUGCUGCAGUGCGUGUGGAACGGCACGCGCUCGGCGGCCGGUAACGCGUGUCGGGACCAGAAGCGUCCCGAGGUGGUGCGCUGGUGCGACGCCCCGCCCUGCGCUGCCUCGCCCUCCGCCGUCCCCAAUGGAGACGGCCCUGGAAGUUCGAAGGACCGGGAGAAUUGCACGGACCGCAGCCGCUACUGCAAUAUCGUCCGUCGCAUGAACAUGUGUCGCGUGCAGCAUUACAGAGAACUUUGCUGCAACUCCUGCCCCUGAUAACCCUUCUUAUGGAUCACACCUUCACUAGCAAUAGUUCUGUCAAUAAGCUUAGCUAUGUGUAAUUCUACUGCGUUUGCUGUGCACUUCGUCACUGGAUCAAGUGGAAUAUUUUUACCGUGCUUAUUUUUCCACUGCGUAUGAAUUUAUUAUAUUUGUGUGUACGUUGAUACUCGAUUGGUGUUUGCAUGAAGUGCGGUGUCCUGGAGCGCCCUGUAGACGACAAUGUGCUCAGCGUGAAUUUCUGCCAUCAAGUUGUCACGAAAGUACGACUGAAGUUGAGAAGUUGGAGUACGAAUAGGCUUAAGUUAUUCUUAUUAAUGUUUAUAUAUGACUUUUGUUUCAAGUGCCAUUAAUUUAGUUGAAAUUUUAUUCUAAUUAGUUAGCUUGAGGUUCUCGCGUCUUCGCGUCAAUACUGCAGACUUGAGCUCCACUCAGUUAUGUUAACGUUGAUAGCUGAAACAGUUAGUGUCGCUCGUUCUCUUCUAAGUGGCUCUAGAUCCCUCGUCUUUUUUAUUUUUGAAGACUUUUCCAUGUUCUCGGUUAUUUUCCUCCCAAAAGCUAUUCACAUCAUGACUAUAUAGUGCAAGGAUUACUUAUUUUGUAGCGGGUAAAAUAUAUUAUUUAAAAUUUUGUAUCUGUUACGAUGUAUCUUGAACAUACUGAAAGAUUCUACGAUAGUCGUAAACUAUACGAUGAACGAAAACUUGCUCGUUUCCUAUUGAUUAGUUCUAAAGCGUUGAGAGAUUGGCGAGCGGUUUACUACAUCGCAUCCCGUGUCAUGAGAAUAAUGCUCCACGAGCUGUGCAUAUGUCGCAUGUAAAGUUUGUACAGGCUUCCUUGAUUUAUUUUAAGUCUAACUGAAUGUAGCUUUAUUUGCAAUAAGUACCAUGUUUUAUUGAAUUUAAGUUUUUUUCGCGUUCAAGUCACAAUCUGAGCUUCAACAGAAAUUUUGAAAAAUAUGACUUUAACUCCGUGGAAUUCAGGGAACAACUGUCAUGCUUCGUAGUUGUGUUAUUGUAUGACUGUAUGUCAUAUUUUACUUUCCUUUCAGAUUUGUUGAUUGAGGCAUCAAAAUUUUGCUCAUUUUAAUAUGUAUAUUUUGGUGUUUUAACACGAAUUGAUAGUAAUGUUUUGUUGGCCAGGAAAUCUGCAGAGGCUUUUUAUUCCAUUUCCUUGCUUGUUAAGCGACUGCGUAAACGAUAAGAUUUGAGGCUUGAACAAUUGUUUACUACCCGAGUAGAGGCUUGCACAAUUGUUUACUACCCGAGUAGAGGCUUGCACAAUUGUUUAAGACCUGAGUCGUGGCUUGUACAAUUGUUUACGACCUGAGUCGUGGCUUGUACAAUUGUUUACGACCUGAGUCGUGGCUUGAACAUCGUACAAUCUUUUACCGCUCGAGUCGAGUCCAGUACAAUUGUUCGACAAUUUUUUCAUUGUGUUUUCCAUGACGAAUGCCAUGCUUAAUUUAUGUGGAUCACGAAACAAUGACGCCUUAUUUAAAGACUAAACUGGGAGAUAGUUAAACCUCAUUAGGCGAUGAAGUAACGCGCUGUGGACGAAUAGACUCGCGUUGUUCAUGACAUAUUGUGAUGCUUGAGCCAUGCGUUUUCUACGAAAGCUACGAACGAGUUGACAUUUUUCAGGCUAUGGUUUAGUGUUUCUUCCUUCAUUUGUCAACGUGCUUUUUGGAUAUUCAAAGUGAUGAGGGUUAACUAAACAUAAUUAAUGUACUUCUAAAUUGGAAGCGUAAAACUAUUCCACUACAUCACAAAAAGACCGAAAAACCAAUUUCAAAUGUGACGUCACUAUUCGACUUUUUAAUUAUACAAUUUUGUCGUGUUAUUUCAUCUAGGACUAAUUGUGCAGAUUUCCCGGAUGCUGCGACAAAUAUUCUAUGUAAUAGCCUUACGAUAAACCUAGAGCAAUACAUAUGCAAAAUAUCUCCAAUGAAAGUACGCAGAAUAUGAAUUUUACCUGUGAUGACUACAUGUCGAGUAAACUCCGAGUAUUUCCAAAAAAAAAUUCUCAGUUCGAAGUUCGUUCUCUUUUACACUUGAGUGGCUCGUUUCCUAAGGGUCUGUGUGAAAUUUCAGCACAGUUGGCUCAUCGUUGCCUUCUUGUACGUCUUCGAGUGGGCUUCAUGGCAUCUCAUCAUACGAGACAUUUUAUGAUUAACUCAUUUCAUGUUUGGGACAUUUCAUCAUUUAUCAAUUUAACCUAACCUAACCUGCAUCUACUUAUGUUUGCAAAAUGCACUUCAUGCAUUGAUGAAAUUUUAUGGUGAAUUGAUACAAUAAUGAAAUGUCCCAACGAUAAAUUGGUAUAGUGAUCAAAUGUCUUGUACGAAGAGGUGUCUGGCCACUCUUUGAGGAACGGUGUUUCUUGGACGCGUGGUAGCACUUCUUUGAAUCGUCCUCAUAUCUCAGUUCUUAAUGUGUGUUUGGCCGUAAGGGUUGUGCUUCGUGUUACGAGUCCUUAUAAGCUUUAGCCGUUAGUUAAAAUUAAGGCUAUUGGGAUCAAGAAGUAUCUUUUCCUUGCAUGUUCUGCACUCGAGUUGCCGUUAACCUCUGCCUUUAUUUUAUGUGGAAGGAUGGGAUCAUUAUUAUUAUCUAGUACCCAGACUAGGCUAGUAACCUAGUUUGAAGCCACUGAUCUGGCUUCUGGCAUAGGUACUUCAUCUACCGUCAACACACGAGACGCCACUCAGCAGCUACUGCUCAUAACUCGCCGCUCGUCAAUGAAAUUAUUUAAUGCUGGUCAGUAGAGCGAUUUGAAUUAUUAUGGGGUUUGUGGGUUAAAUACCACAUAAUAAUUAAAGCUGUUGCCUGUUUAGAUCUUACUGAAAAGGUGAGUCUCAGUUUUGUUCCUUAUAUGUAUAGAUUGCUUUUAUUGAAAGCUGGCAAGAGAAGAGUGUGGCGGCACACAUGGCGAUGACGUUAGCCUGACACCUAACCACGCUUGAUCUUUCCUUUGUUCUUCAAGGGUGAAAUGUUUUCUUCAUUCAGUUAUUGUCUCGUUUUUUGCGAAUUACAAGCAAAUAGCAAUGAUGAUGAUAAUAAAUAUCGCCAUAAAGAUGUUUGACAUAAUUACUCACUGCACUAUCUUAUCAAAAAGGAAUAUGAUUUAUUAGGUACAGAAGCAAAGCAGGCCAUGGGGCUUACCAAGUAACCCUUCAUGGCCAUUGGGGGAAAAUUUGUUCCGUCACUUGUUCUGGAGCACAUGAUACGUUGCAAAGUACGAAACUGUGAAGAGUAACUGAUAAUCAAGUUGUAUCCAUUCUUUGAGUAUCUAUUGUAGGGCUUGUUGGACGGUAGCUCUUUAACUUUCUUCACUGCUGCUAAUUUUUUCUUCUGUGAUUCCGGCUCAUGUUACUGCUUACGAACAUCGUUCCGGCGUCUCGAAGUUGUUUCGGGCGCCGGAGACACGUUCCCGUUGUAAUGAAUCUUUCUGAACUCGACUGAAUUUUGUCUUGAGUGCCUUCUAUAUUGACCCAAGUUUAAGACUAGUUCUCAAUUAGCAGCUAUUGUUUCGUAUAUUUAACAAAUGCUUGUUAAAUAUUGCGAGCCUUGAUUUCGUCUAACUACGGGAUUUCGAUGUGCUCGAUGAUGAUGAGUCGCUAGUGCAUCACAUUUUCCCCCCGACACUACGUCCUCUUCAGGUUGCUGUUCAUCUGAUUGCGUUGGUUAUGGACUUCUGCUUUCAGUCCAAUGCUCGGUACCAUAUCUUUGUACCUAAAACCGUGCGUGGAAAAAAAAAAGUUAAAUGCGAUCUUUGGCUUAAAUUGAUCGCAUGGAGCGGAUUAGGUAACGUUUAAUAGUCUCUGGGACGGUAGCACUGUGAAUUUGUUGACACCUAAUCACGACCUCUUCAUUAUGAUUCACUUGCCAAAUUUUAAUCCCCAUUCAGUAGACUUUGAUAAUCUAUUAUGGUUAUUUUUAGCUCAUGUUUUGAUGGAAUUUCCGUGUUUGCUUUAUUAUCUCAAAAUUUAAUUUUAUCCAUGUCUAAACUUAGCGAAAGAAUUUAGGACAGAUACAUUGAACGAUUUGAAAUGUAAUGUCGGCGGACCGUCGACCAGUGUCAUUAUGACCCUACUAAUAUGAGCUAGUCACGUGGACAAACGUUCCUGCUCUAAUAAAGUGAAUUAAAGGUGUGGGAAACCACGGAAAUCUUGAUGUUACAUCACUGAUUAUUGCGAUGACCAUAACAAUUUCGGGAACGUGUAUUCGAAAUAAAACUUGCAGUAUUAUCCAUGUACAGUUCCAUUUUUUUUAAAUUGGACAGAAGGUUCUUAUAUUUUCUGAUCACAAAUUCUCACUUGCCACAUCUAAUUCGAUGUGUUGCAAGAUUGUUGCCACAUCGAUGUUCGUUUUUUUGUGUGUGAAGGCGCAACAACCUCGCUGUCUCCUAUAAUUCACUUAACGUUUUAUUCACUUGAAUUUUGUUAUACUGAACAGGUAAUUUAUCACCGGUAUUUUGCCGAAAUAAUAUCAUUACUAUAUGUAAUUGUGAUGAAUUUUUCAGUUAUGCGUAUACUUUAAGGUUUACAGAAUUCCAUUAGUUAUAUUUGAAAUCUCCCUUGCAAUAUAGACUGUAUCUGCGGCUGUGCAUUACAGCGACGGAUUUAUUUAUUCCGAACGCGUAACAUGUGAUCUGAAAGUUUCGUUUCUUAAUUUUUUUUCAAUAAUUUGGAAAUUGAGAUUGAAAAACGAUCCGACCACAGCACAUAAUUAAGAAGCUGGAAUAUUUCACCGCAUUAUUGCAUGCAUUAUCGACGUUUAAUUUGCUCCUGUUAUUGAAUGGUGGUUCUUAGACUUAGUAUCGUUACAUCCAUGCAAUAAUAUGUGCCGUCGUCGAAUGGUAGUCAGGACAAGGUUUCUAAAGCAAUUUCCUUACAGUAUUACGAUUUACCGUUUCAUUCAAUGUUAGUAUGAAUGUCCACAUGUCCUCGUUUUCUGUGCAACAGUUUUCUAAUGAUUUGCUACGGUAUAUCUGUUCGUUCGUGAUUAAUUUCAGGUAACCUUAAUAAUAUAAAUAAAUAUUUCUGGGUCCUCGUCCCGUCCACAAAAGGUGGAUAUAAAACUAGGUCACUCGCACGCGUAUUUUCUUCUACAGUUUGCAUGUCUCGAAUCUUCCAACACUCUCAGAUGAUCGACUCGACUGCUCGACAGAAAAGCAAGCAACCACGUGCACUGCUGCCUCAAGAGUUGUUCCAUGGCUGGGCGUCGUAUCGUUUUCUGCAGUCAACACUCUCAUGGGUGGUAUUCAAGAUGACAGAAGAUUGUAGUGUAUGUAAUACUUUACCACAGCUCUCUUACGAACACUAGUAUGUCUGAAUUCAAGAAACUGGAGAAAAACAAGCAGUUCUUUGCCUUACGACAUCGGCAUGAAAAUCGGAUCUGCAUAUGUACAUCUUCUUCUGUUCUUCAUGUGCCAAGUCGGUUGUUGGUCUUCCAGGCUACAGCUGACGUCAUGGUCACAUUGAAGUAGAUUCAUGCACCGUUACAGGAACACGUCAAUAAAGGUUAUCCUCACCAAAUUUGUCAGUCGUUCAGGUUCGAUGGUUGUGUAAAUAGCGACCUUCUAAGUCAAGUUGUACAGAUAAUACCAAUAGAAUAGUCACCCGGACUA